AUGGUUCAUAACAGCUCUUGGUAUAUCUCUAUUGAAAUAAGUGCUGAAGCUUUUGCUUCUGUGAAUGUGCCUUUCGCUACUGUCAGUGUUCUUUUGAACAUCCUUUUUGUCUACUGCAUGGUCGUUCCACAGCAAGGAUCAGAGCAGCUGAAAGAACCCCUCAAGGUUUUACUGGGUUCACUUGUUGGUUGCAACAUUACUAUUCAUUCUUGUAGCUUUUUGGUUGUUUUGAAUGAGUUUGUCAUCUCUGAGAUGUUUAGAAAUUACUACACAUUCUAUGUUCUGCCUGAUUUGAUGUUGAGUGUUAUGAUAUAUACCAUGAUGACCACUGUUACUGCCUGCCACUGUAAGAACAUGUUUUACUUCUGCCAGAUUGUCCCUCCUCAACAUUCUGUGUUCAUCUGGAUUAAGAGGAACAUAAGAGCCUUCAUUUACUCUGCCUUGAUCUUAAAUGGAAUUUUCUAUUUCUUUGGAAUGAUUGUAGACAUUGCUUAUGAAACUGUAGGAGUCAAUUAUGAUCUUGCAUUUAAUGCCUCAGAUGAUGUAAUGGAUGCGCUGUGGAAUUCCCUACAAAUAAACCGGAAGGUAAGAUUAGUGGAUUUCUGGAAUAGAUUAGGAUUCUUUUUCCUCAGUCUUUGUUUGAUGUUGGCAUCAAGCUACGCGACUGUUCUCUACCUGUGGAGACACAUGAAGAACGUGGAGGAGAGCGGGUCUCCCCGACUCCAGAGACAGAUAAAGAUCACAAUCACAGGCAUCACAGUACAGGCGCUCCUUCACUUCCUCUGCUCAGAUGGGAUUAUAAUAGUUGAAAUUGCAGUUAAAUACUCCCGCGUGUCUUUGGAUUGGAAUGGGCAUAUCCUCUACACCAUUAUCUCUUUGUACUCUUUUGGGACAACCAUUAACAUGAUGGUUAGUCAGUCACUGUUCCAGCAGGGAGCAGUUCAUGUUUGGCAAAAACUUCUCCAGACUCCUCAAUUUCUUAUGUCACAGAAUUAA